AUGGAUGCCGAGACCCCUCCUUUCUUCUCCUCCUCCUCCUCCUCCUGGGACUGGAAGGUCGGCGGCAGCAGCGGGUCUCUGGAGCUGGGCCACAGCUCGCCCGCGCAAAGCUUGUCCCCGUCCCCGUCCUUUGACUCGUACGCCUCUUCGCCUUAUCCCCUGCUGGUGGACGUGCCCUGUGGCCCCGGCGGCGGGAACGAGGCGGGGAGCAGCCUGAGAGGGUACCCGCUCGGGGAGUUUCCCUCCGUCUAUCUCUCGCGGCCCGGGCAGGGCCAAGGUCACAAAGGGCCCAAAGGGCGGAUGUCGGUGCAGCGCAGGCGAAAGGCCAGCGAAAGGGAGAAGCUGCGGAUGAGGACGCUGGCGGAAGCCUUGCACACGCUGCGCAAUUACCUCCCGCCCAUGUACACGCAGCGGGGCCAGCCGCUCACCAAGAUACAGACGCUGAAAUACACCAUCAAGUACAUCGGCGAACUCACGGAUUUGCUGAACACCGUCAAGUAA